UGAGCCGUGCGCUCCACAUUGCGCUCGGUCUCACACGAGCCUGCACAGGCGCAGUGAGGUCGGCGCUUUUCAGACUCUGGAGAGGGUAAAGGACAGGAGCGCUCGGGCGACCCGCAGAGCUGAACAGCGGGACACACACACAUGCCUUUAGUGGAUACUCUCGGCGCUCCCGGACUCUGAGAGGUAAAAUUCAUAACAUCAUCCGUUUUUUAUUGGGUGAGAUCCUCUCCGAAUGAACAGCCAUGGGGGAAUGGACCAUAUUAGAGCGUCUCUUGGAGGCGGCUGUCCAGCAGCACUCUACUAUGAUCGGAAGGAUCUUGCUGACUGUGGUGGUGAUCUUCCGGAUUCUGAUUGUGGCAAUAGUUGGAGAGACCGUGUACAACGAUGAGCAGUCAAUGUUUGUGUGUAACACCUUACAGCCAGGCUGCAACCAGGCCUGCUACGACAAGGCUUUCCCCAUCUCCCACAUAAGGUACUGGGUGUUCCAGAUCAUUAUGGUGUGCUGCCCCAGCCUCUGCUUCAUCACCUACUCUGUGCACCAGUCCGCCAAGCAGAAGGAGCGGCGCUUCUCCACAGUUUACCUCUCACUGGACAGGGACCAUGAUUCUAUGAAACGAGAUGACAGCAAGAAGAUCAAGAACACCAUCGUGAAUGGAGUGCUGCAGAACACUGAAAACUCCAACAAAGAGGUAGAACCCGACUGCCUUGAGGUCAAAGACAUCCCCCACUCAAUCCUGCGAACUACAAAGUCAAAAAUGAGAAGGCAGGAGGGCAUCUCCAGGUUUUACAUCAUUCAAGUGGUUUUCAGAAAUGCACUAGAGAUAGGGUUUCUGGUUGGUCAAUACUUCCUUUAUGGAUUCAACGUACCUGCAGUGUACGAAUGUGAUCGAUACCCUUGCAUAAAAGAUGUAGAGUGCUAUGUUUCCAGGCCCACAGAGAAGACAGUGUUUCUGAUCUUCAUGUUUGCAGUCAGUGGCGUUUGCGUGGUAUUCAACUUGGCAGAGCUCAACCAUCUCGGCUGGAGGAAGAUCAAAACCGCUGUGAGAGGAGUGCAGGCCAGGAGGAAGUCUGUUUAUGAGAUCCGGAACAAGGACUUACCCAGGAUGAGUAUGCCAAACUUUGGGCGCACUCAGUCCAGUGACUCUGCAUAUGUGUAGCUGUCUGCCACACAUACUGUACAUGAGGAGGCUGCAGGACAGCUGUGUGGAAACUACUUAUGGAGAAUGGCAAACAAACACAUUCAAUUUAACAAUUCAUGUAAUUAAUAACACAUUAAUGUAAGAGAGGUGAGGUAAGAGGUGAGAGAUUUCCAACUAUGUGAUGUCUUUCGAAACUCUUUGGAUCAAACAGACUGCUUGAGAUGAACAUGUGGAUCCCUCCCCUGAUUGCAGACAGUUACAUUUUUUACGGUGAUUCAUUAAGACUGGAUAACCAACAUCAUGUUAAGCUUGGCCGGGUAACAAUUUAUUUGACACUCUGUCUGUUGUUAAGAGAUAAACACAUAUGUUUGUCCGUUUUUGAGCAGAGGCACUGAUAACUUGGUGUUUUCUUUCUUUGUAAAGUGCUUCUUUAAAACUGCUUGGUCAAAGCUAUGUUGACACCCUGACAUUCCGAUUUACAGUCCUCACUCUAGUUUAUUCUAAAAUGUUCUGGAUGGGAAAGAGCUCAGUCAAAAGCUUCACAGUGAACCAAUAAUUAAGACAACUGGGUACUGCAGUGGUAAAGUAUGUACCUUUUUAAACGUUGGGGAUCACAUGAUAAACUAAAGAAGGUCAAGAAGGUAAAAAUCUGCACAGCCGAUGAAAUCAAGACUUUUACUCCCUAUUAUCAAUCAUAUACUAUAAUAUAUUCUGCCUCCAAUGCAACUUUUCAGUGUCUUUACCAAUUCCAUGUUCACAUAUUGCUUGUAAACUGGUAAUAUUAGUAAGUCACACAAGCUAUGAUGGUUGACUAUCCCUACCAGCCACUGUCAAAACUCCACACUCACUAUUUUUAACGCAGGUAUUUGAUAAAAACUUAACCGAAAAAAAUAACAGCAAUACUGUGAGUCUGGGAUAUGACAAAGUUCCUGAAGACCCACCAGCCAUGAUAAAGCUGUUGGGGUAGAAUUCCUUGUGGUCAGUGAACUAAGGUUCAUGUGUAGAAUAGUUGAGGUGCUCUUUGAGCUGGAAUAUAGGAUCUGAUCCCAAACCAUGGAAUACAUGCUUUUGGCCAUGUAGUGUAUCAGAGUAGUGUUCUGAUGUCCAUGUUGACACUGAGUAUAGUCUUGCACUAAUAAGCCAAAUGAAAAUGCCUAUCCACUCUGAGCUUAGAUGGUGUUUCAGUCACAUUCCAGUGGUUCCCAACACUGCUUCCACAGUGAAGCACACAAUCUUGUAGUUGAAAGGGUUAGACUGUUCUUUGGAUAUAAUACAUUACGCACAUGAUCUGUCUCAUCUGAAUUAUCUAUCUCUCAUUGUUCUGGAUGCCUGUUAUCACACCACUGACCUUAACCCUAAUGAUCACUCCUUUGGUGGUGCGUGGAAACUAGUCAUCACUUUUUCUUUUCUGUCUUUCAUUUGUGAUGUUUAUUCUUUUCAUGUCAUCAAGUGCCAUAAAUGUAGAUAAAUAUAUAGACACCUUUAUCCAGAGAUGUGAGAAAACACAUAGUCCCACUGUGGAUUAUCAUGAUAUCCUCUUCCAUCUGACCAGAUGUAUGGAAAUGGUUUGUUACUGUCAUCUUGAAUUUCUGUUUCCAGCCCAAAUUCUUACCAUGAUUACAUAAUCCAGGGUAAUUGAUCUUAUUUUAAUCUGGAGCCGAUUAUGAUGAAGUAAAGCAUAAAAAGUCAGACAACGCUUUACUGCCACUGGUGCUACCAUUUUGAAGUAUUAUCUAAAGUAUGUUUAACAACUAUGAAAGAAUCUGUAAUAAAAAGGAAGACAUACGAACAA